AUGUCUCCCCAAAGAGUCUCUACGGAAACCGAUUCCUUCACGGGCAAGAAUCUCGUCAAGCUCACGUUAUCAAGUGGGUUUUAUCUCACUCCUCCUCGUGGUGGCGGCGUGUUUUUCCCUAAUCUCAAAACACUUUCUCUCGUUUCGGUGGGGUUUAGAGAUUGUGAUGUGUACGGAUAUCUCAUCUCUGGUUGUCCUGUGCUUGAGGAGCUUUUCUUACGCUACGGUCCUCCCUCGGAUUUUCGGAUGGUGUUGAGACAUAACGUUGCUGUGUUGAAUCCUUCCGUUAAGAGACUUACCAUCUCUUACCCUUUUGGUUAUUAUUACCGUGAGCGUCCUAAGAGUGAGGUGUUUAGGACACCGGGGCUUGUGUACCUUGACUAUUCAAGUUAUGCCGCGGGACUGUAUCAGGUUGAUUUGAGCUCGCUUGUGGAAGCUAGACUUGAUCUUCAAAAGGAGCGAGUUUUAGCUGUGGAUAAGGAUGGUAGUAGAAAUUAUAAUGGCAAUGUAUGUGUUUGGGGUGAGUAUGAUUCUGACUAUGAUGAUGGUGAGGAUCAUAAUGCAAAGGAUGAUGAUGAUAGUGUUUCUGGUGAGGAUGAGUCUGAGGAUGAUGAUCAUGAUGGAAAUUGUAUUUUGCCUGAUGUUACGAGUUUGGUUACAGGGAUAAGCAAUGUUAAAACCCUUCACUUGUCUGCUGAGUCUCUUGAGGUGUUUCAUCUAUACUGUAAAUCAAUGCCGGUGUUUCACAAGCUCCUUACUUUGUCUUUUGAGAGUGAUGAAAAAAGAGGCUGGCAAGUUGUGCCACUUCUUCUCAACAACUCUCCCGACCUAGAAAAUCUAGUCAUCAAGGGUCUUGUGCACCGAGUUACAGAUAGAUGUGGGGACGCGUGUGUUUGCAUCGCUAGGAAGAAGAUGGAGGAGGAAGUGUGUUGUUUAUCAAUAUGUCAAGUGAAGGUGCUAAAGAUUUUAGGGUAUGGUGGAACUCGUAAAGAGCUGAAUCAGAUGAGGCAUUUCUUGGGAAAUUUGAAGUGUCUUGACACUGUUAAGGUUGGUGUUGAACCUGAGAGUCACCGAGAAGAAAACAAUGUUAACAAUCACUACCAUAGAAUCACUAAUGCUCUUACUAAGCUUUCCAGAGCUUCUUCAGAUUGUCAAAUCCAUUGCUUUUGAUUUCCUGUCUUAUGAACCAAAUCAUUAGCAUGCUUAAUGAGUUCUUAGAAGAUAAACUCUAAUGUUUCUACUAGUAGAUUGAUUAUGAUCUACGUUGCAGGUUGAUAACCUUAUGUGUUUCGUAUAUUUUAUUUGUGGUUUAUGCAUCAAUUA